AUGAUGGCCAACCAGAAAAAGUCGCACGUCUUCAGGGUGACCGGCCUGUCGAGGGAACUACUCGAUGGCGAUCUCAAGGCCGCAUUACAAGAGGCGCUCGACGACAACUUCGCGGAUGACGAGAGAUCGCAUAUCAAAGCUGAGAUCACAAUCGUGCCUUCAUGCUAUGAAACUGACACGAUGGUGGGGCUGGUGCAAUUUCGCGGCGGGGUGCCUCAGUUCCUCCGUGAGCUGAGAGUUGAUCCACUCGGAGACUGGCAGGUCGAGAUGGGAGAGACCGACAUCAACUUUGACGGCCACUUCUUUGGAUUUACCCAACUCUACGCGCCGAACGAAAAAGGGCCAGUGGCUGCAGAUAUCAUUGCCAUUGCCGGACUGGAUGGACAUGCGUACGGAUCGUGGCAGGGCAGAGGGAAUCUCGGUCGGAUGUGGCUCCGGGACUUCCUGUCGAAGGAUCUUCCGCAGUGUCGCACCAUGAUCUACGGGUACAAUUCCAAGUUGUCGAGCCACGGAGUCGAUACGAUCCUCGAUUACGGGCGGGAGCUGAUGGAGGAGAUCAAGAAGAUCCGGAAAACGAAGGAGCUCCAGCAGAGACCUCUGAUUUUCAUCGCGCACAGCUUUGGAGGCAUUAUCAUGGCUCAUUGCCUGGUGAGGGCCAUUCAGACGAUGGAGGAAGACCACCCGGCGAUCACGUCGCUACAUCGAGCCACGUACGGCAUGAUUCUCUUCGCCAUCCCCCAUAAAGGAUUAGUGAUGGACGAUAUCCAACAGAUGCUAGCAGGCGACAGGAGCCAUCCGCGAGAGCAGUUGCUGCAGCAGAUCUCCAGUAAAUCGGACCUUCUGGUCCACCAGCUAGCGGAUUUCAAAAAUCUGAUCCGGGACCGGAAGGUGGUCAGCUUCUACGAGACGGAGCAGACCAGGCAGUUAAAAUUGGACGCGGAAAGCGGGCGAUGGAAACGCACCGGAGAUUAUAUGACGACGGUGGGCGCAGACUCGGCCCUUCUCCAGCUCCCCGACCAUGUAGAGGACAAGGUGCCGCUGCAUGCAGACCACUCGAGGGUGGUCAAAUUCGACACGCGCAACGCGGCCGGGUAUCGCACGGCGCUCGAGAAACUGCGGCAGUUCUCAACGGACGCGCCCUCGGUGGUGGCGGCUCGGUUUGCGCAGACGCGUCCGAAGCCCCAGCCGUGUUCCACGGUUCCUUUUAAGAAGGACCCGAUGUUUGUGGGCCGCGAGGCUGUCAUCAGCGCCAUCAAGGCAAGUCACACGGCGAUCGGUCAGCGUCAUGAGCGGGUGGCAUUGGUGGGGUUGGCCGGCGUUGGAAAAACCCAGACAGCUAUCGAGUAUUCUUAUCAUAUACGAGAACUAGCCCCGGACAUGUGGGUGUUUUGGAUCCACGCCAGCAAUGCGGCGCGGUUGGAACAGGGCUACCAGCAGAUUGCUGCGGUCGCGGAGAUUCCGGGACGGGAGGAUCCGAAGACGAACAUCCUCCAGCUCGUGUAUCAGUGGUUGUGUGAUCCAGGCAAUGGGCGCUGGCUGAUGGUGCUAGAUAAUGCGGAUGAUGACAGUAUAUUCUUCAGUGGAAAUGAAUCGCAUGAACGAGGGCUACUGGUGAGCUUCCUGCCCCAGGCCACCCAUGGAUCCAUCCUGAUCACAUCGCGAAAUGGUCUAGCGGCACGGAAUCUGGUGGGGAGCGAUGGUCAUGUGAUCAAGGUUCAGCCGAUGAGUGAGGAAGAAUCCCUCGCCUUGUUACGGGCAAGGAUUCCGGCCCCUCAGCCUGGAGAGUCUGGGGAGGACGAGAAGGCACUGGUCCAGGCACUCGAAUACAUUCCGCUGGCCAUCACCCAGGCGGGGUCUUAUAUUGCGAAUCGAUCAUCUCGGGUCACGGUGUCCCGGUACCUUCAGUUGUUUCGUGAGAGCGAGUCGAACCAGACACAUCUUCUGCAGCAUGAGGACGCUAAAGACCUCCGGCGGGACCCCAGUAUUCGGUAUGCGGUGAUUACGACGUGGCAGCUAUCCUUCGAGCAAAUCCGCCAGGAGCGGCCAGCGUCGACGGAUUUACUUGCGUUAAUGAGCAUGUUUGAUCGACAGGGGAUCCCCGAAGGCCUCGUCCGUGCAGAUGGUGAUGGGCUCCAGUUUGAAGAUGCAGUGGCGCCGCUGAUCAGUUACUCUCUUAUUCGGAUUGAACUUGAAACAGGGUCGUUUGAUAUGCACCGACUUGUCCAGUUAUCGGUCCGGACGUGGCUAGCGAUCCACCUCGAGCUGGUACAGUGGCAAGAAGAGUCGCGAGCCAUCAUGGCCGAGAUGUUUCCCACUGGAGAGUAUGAAAACUGGGCUGAAUGCCAAAGGCUGCUUCCGCAUGCGAAAGAGGUGACGAAGCCUAUCUGUGAUACAGAUGAUGAAGAUCGAUUGAAUGCGGCCACCCUCUUAUCUAAUUGUGGAUGGUUUCUAGAUCUUCAAGGAGCUUAUGACGAGGCGGAAGCGAUGCAUCGACGGGCGUUGGAAACAAGAGAGAGGGUGCUUGGACUCGAGCAUCCCCACACGCUCACCAGUGUCAACAACCUUGGCUUAGUGCUUGACAGCCAAGGGAAAUAUGAAGAAACCUUGGCUUAG